AUGGAAUCUGGUUUCAUUGCUAACGAUAUUGAUCUCGCAACACAGAGUGGAUGGUGGCGCCAGGCCAAGCAGGUUCCGCCAGUGCUUCAAGGCCGGCGCGACUUGUACUACGAGUCGGACGAGACGACUUCGGACCACCAAGGCGCAACGAUUGUCACUCGUACCAUCUACGUUCUGUUCCAGGACUAUUCACAGACAAUCAUCACAGUGGCCUUUGACCCCAACGACCAGUCGGAUGUCGAGGCAGAACAGCGUCAUGAACCUCCUCCGCGAGCGCUGCGCCAGGACCAGCUCGAGCAGGCGUACGAGCGAUACGGCCGCGUGAUCGCCAACGCCGUCACGUCUAAGAAGGACUCUGUCAUUGGCGAUGGCACCCCUCAGGCCUUAGUUCACGAGCUUCUUCGCCCAUUCCAGGACGUGUUGUUACCUGUGGGCACCCGUGGAUACGGUGCUCUAGUAUACUCAAACCUUGCCAACGCGUCCACGCAGCAAUUUGAUGAAAUCAGGGCCGGUGAUAUCGUCUCGAUCCGCAACGCCAAGUUCCAGGGCAAGCACGGCCCAAUGCACGCAAAGUAUACAGCUGAGGUCGGCAAGCCGGACCACGUGGGUGUUGUGGCCGAGUGGGACGGAACGAAGAAGAAGGUUCGCGCAUGGGAGCAAGGGCGGGAGAACAAGAAGGUCAAGAUGGAAAGCUUCAAGCUUGAUGACCUACGCAGCGGCGAGGUCAAGGUCUGGCGCGUGAUGCCGCGCAGCUGGUGGUUCGAGAACAUGAUGACUUCCUGGAGUUUCAGGCCGCUGUACCUACAACGCUUCACACCAUGA